AUGAGGACAAUCAGUGUUAACAUUCUUGUGGCAGUCAUGCUCACAUUUAUGUGUGAUCAGGAGGGCUCUGCUGUCCCGGUCGCUCAGAUUCACCUGGAGGAGCCAAUGAGCAAAGACAAUCCAGUUCCUGACCUUCCAGAGAUCUCAGUGGACUCAUGGAAGAUGCCAUAUUUAAACAACAGAAAGAAACUGCACAUUAAGUGUAAAGUUUGCUGUGGCUGCUGCGGCAUCGGCAUCUGUUGCCUGAAGUGCAAAUUCUGA